AUGAAAGACCUCAUCAUGUUCUGGCUAGCUAAAGGAGCAAACCUGGCCCUGGCAGAGCCCUUCGUUAACCAAUGUGCCCAGAGUAACUCGGCCCAGCCGCUGAACUUCAAUGUUACCUCUGACCUGGCUGGUUUCUCGGCUCAAUUUCUAGAUCACAAUUCUCGUUGGGAAACGUUAGGGAUAUUUUUUGCUGCUGUCAGUCGAGCAACAAUUGAUAUUGCGUUCUUCCCCGAUCUAUAUACCACCGCGCAAGAGCAGUACACACUCCGAAGACUAUGUACUAAACUUUGUGACUUCGCAUUAGAGAUAUCUCUCUCUCUAGAUUGUCUGAAUGAUCUGCAACUGAUCAUGCAAUACGAGAACUUUAUCGUCCAUUCCUACGUGGAUGGAGAUCAGAGCUACCAUUCCUGGCGCAAACUAGGCGACGCAAUAUCAUCCACAUUUGCCCUAGGCUAUCACGAGAACAUCGACAUAAAACCAGGACUUCCGCCGUUCCUCAAAGAACUGCGAAAAACAGCGUUCGCGCGCAUAUACUCAGCAGACAAGAACAUAGCAAUCUUCCUCGGCCGCCCGCCACGGAUGAACAAACGCUUCUGCCACUUCCAGAUCCCAUCCUGCCCGAACGCAGAAGAAGGCUCAGCAGACUGGACCCCAGACUCAGAGCCCGGGUACAGGGCUGAUACGCGGUGGUCUGCGCUGUGCGCAUCGCUGAAGGAAGAGAUCUGGGAGCUUCUUCAGGACAAGCAUGACCCGUCAUGUGCGCAACGAGCAAGCAUAAUACAAUGCCAAGCAGAGACACAGUGGCAAAACCUGCCAGCCCACUUCCGACUCGAGAGCAGUCUGAAGAAUUGUACACAAGGACCAUUCGAACGAGACUUCGUCGCCGGUGUACGGCUGCACCACCUACAUGUACUGUUCUUGCUCCGUCUUCUACUUCUUAAAUCACCGACUGAGCCCGAUCUACCGAUCAUCGAGACAGCGGGUCAGAUGCUCACGCUCGUGGUUGAGAUUAUCCUACUACGGGAUCAGCUCACUAAUUCCGGAACGGGUCUUAUUUGGAAGGUCGCAUACUACGGUCUCCCAGCUGCGGGGAUAAUGCUUCUAGCAAUGCUGAAGCAGCACAUGCCGCGAGCGCACCGGACACGGACGUUACAAGAUCUCAGUGUGUUUGUAGCGGAGGUGCAGAUCGGGACGAUUGUUAAAGCCGGCGAUCCUAAUUUCGCAUUGCUUUCCAAGGCUACGCGGACUAUACAGCGUUUCCUGGACUCGACUCAUUCGGACCCGGCGCAGCAUUUGCCUGAAAUGGCUGGGGUUGAGGGGAAUGAUGAGUGGGCGGCGCUGUUGAGUCAGGAUCUGUGGGAUUUUGAGGCCGGAUUUUGGCAGAGUUUGGCGGAUCACCCGUCUUUGUUAGCCAUUGAGCCUUCUUUGCCUCCUGUUUAG